GAUGUCGCACUUGUAACCGGGAGGAAUGGACAUCCCACACAUCCCAAUGAGUUCAAUUGCCACUGGCAUAAAAAUGGUGAGAUUCAUCAUCUUCAUGCAGAAGGUGGAGCACAUGCACGUCGCAGCUUCUAACCCCAACAGUCCUCCAAGCAUAGGGCAGCACUGCCCUAUCGCAGGGUCACCAAUGUGGAUGUGAAUCAACCCCCCUAGUAUGUCCACGCAUGCCCCGAGCUUCAUCGUGUCUAUCGGGCAAGUCGCCGGAGGCGGUGGUGGAAGCGCCUUUGGCGGCGGGGGCACGUGCAGUGGCGGCCGUUGCGCUGGCGUUGGGACUGGCGGUAGUGGUUUUGGAGGUUGAGCUCUCGGCGGUUUUGCACCCGGGGGUGGCGGCCAUAAUGCCGGCAUUGGAGCUGGUGGUUUUACGAGGGGAAGAGCUAACGAAGCUUUAAAGAGCGUGGAAACAAGACAAACUGUGAUUAUGAUGAGCUCUGAAGUCUCCAUCAUUUAAUGGGUGCUUUAGAAAACCAAAAGACAAAAAAUCUUUUCAGAAUCAAUUAAGCUGUUCUUA